AUGGCUGGGUAUUUAUACUCCCGUGCUUGGGAAUUACCCAGGCGACAAAUCCCUGCAGCACGCCGGGGCUGGUCCCCGUUAUGCCGCCACAUCACAGGAAUAUCCCAAACAUCUCCUUCACAGUCCCAGCUCCUCAGAUUCGCUUUGCUCCCUGACGCACCGUUGGAUCAGCGUGAGGGUGUAAGUGCAGCUGCGGAUAGAUAUCUCAGACAGAUUUUCUUGCAAAAAUGGCCCUCCGAUUCUCCGCCUCCUCCGGUGUGGGUAUCGAGCUCCCGCUUACCCAAAAGGGGGGCGGCAUCCAUCCGGACUAUGAUAAGGGACAUCCAAAACGCUCGAACCAUCCGAGAAUUACAAAUCUGUGUCGAAAAAUAUCUGAUUGCGGGGACGGAGAGAGUCAUUCCACAACGAGAGCUAUGUGAUGCCAUAAAACAGGCUUUGGCCCUCUGCGAGCAGAACAGUUCUUAUGGAGAGAUUCUUUCUACAUUCAAUGGAAUCGUUACGAGGCUUGAGCAGUUGUAUACCAAAAUACCCAGUGGUUUAUGUACCCUGGGGAUGUGCUAUGCUUCUUUUGCUUUUUCCAAAUUCGCUCUUGAACGGUAUUUGCGGAGUUACCUCGCUGUGAGCCCAAGGCCAUUGAGCCUCGACUCGAGUCUGUCAAUAGUGAACGCUCUCUUGUCGUCUCUCCGGGCGUCCUCUUUUCAACCCCUAGAACAUAGCGCAGAAAAUUUACUAGAGUUGACAGCCGGAGGUGGCUGUAACUCAUCGAAUUUACAUAGUGUACUAUACUGGACCCAGCCCCAAGCUCCAACGGAUGCAAUCGGCGAGUAUUUAUCGUUGCUUUUGAAGCUUGGGGAUGAUUCCAUCCUCCACGAAUUAUGGAACCGGCACCUAGAAAAUACAUCGCCUAGUUCUUCUUUCCAGCAUUUCCAAUCAGCUUAUGUCUAUGCCUUGGCUUUGGUGGAGACUGGCUGUUCGCAAAAGGCUCUCGCUGCGUUGACACAGAUAUCGGAACGUGCAGAUGAUGCUCUACCAGGCAUUUCAAAAUUUGAAGACUUAAGUAAUCUUCUAACAGAUAAAGCUAUCAGCCAAUCGCUAUACCAGAUUGCUGGGGAGGGGGAAUAUGUGAUGAUCCUUGACACCCAACUCGACCAAGUGGAAAGAAGACUUGGAAUCCGCUGGCAGCCCGAUAUAGCGCAGCAUACAAGCGUCCUAGAUUCUCUUGACAUUCCUACCGAAAGUUCCCUCCUAGCCGUCGAUGGGAACAAUUCUGGGUAUAUAAGCAGUGAACAACUGAUGGCUGAGAUCCGUGCUCUUAAAUGCUCCAAAUCCAUAACAGAUCUCGGUUGGUUAGCGAGUUUGCUGGAAGAUCAUGAAGGACACCUAGUUCCUGUGGCAAUACCAUCCUGCAAAGUCUCAGAUUCAGAGUUUUAUUGGGCACUUCAGCGCUCCCCAGUUGAACUCUCAGAAGGGCAAUCCAUGACAGAUGGCAAUUCUGAAACAUGGUCGCCUUCCAAUUUAGGGAUGAUCAAGGUUGUUUCUGACAUCAAGACAAUUCCGUGGACGCUCGAACGCUCUCUAAAUCUGAUUCAGCUUGGCUACCUCCUUAGAAGGAAGACACCAUCUCAUCAGGACGGAUCAGGCAUUUCACCUCAAUUAGAAGAAUCUGGUCAUAUUGUCGCCUGGAAUCGCCCUUCCAACCAACUUCUGAUCGUCUUUAUUGGAACUGGGCAAGAAACGAUAACUCCGCAUGUUCCGAUACCAUCUGUUCCCAAAUCAAGCGACCUCGAUGCAAUAGCAGAAAUCAUACCUCUUGAAGCCGGUCGCGUGGUAUCACAGGGAGAUUUUGGUGCUCCGUUGGGAAUCAACACUUUCAAAUACCAUAUUGAGACGGACCCGUGUUCUGAUGUGAUACACUAA